CAACUCUGUAUGCCUAUAACCAAUUAGCCUUUAAAACAUAACACAGGAACAAAACGAAUUGCACUCCUUCACACAGUUCGUGGUCAACGCAUUCACUCGCAUUACACACUGAAAUCAUGGUGCUUUCUACAGCAAUCACAAAGCUAUUCGGCAUCCGAGCUCCGAUCAUCCAGGGUGGUAUGCACUAUGUUGGCUACGCUCCUCUGAGUGCGGCGGUAGCAAAUGCCGGUGGCUUGGGUUUGAUUACUGCUUUAACACAACCCACACCCGAGAAACUACGUGAGGAGAUCCAAAAAGCAAAGUCUCUACUAAAGCCCAAUUGUCCAGGAAAGGUGGGAGUCAACUUGACCAUCUUACCUAUGCUCAGCAAAGUACCGUUCGAGGACUACGUGAAUGUGAUCAUCGAUGAGAAGAUUGAGAUUGUAGAGACUGCCGGUCGGCCCCCUGCGGAAUAUAUCACCAUGUUCAAAAAGCACGAUAUCAAAAUCAUCCACAAGUGCAUUUCCACUCGACAUGCAAUUUCGGCUGUGAAGAUGGGUGCUGAUGCCAUUUCCCUGGACGGCUUCGAAUGUGCUGGGCACCCAGGAGAGGAGGAUACAGGUAACUAUAUCCUGCAAGCCAUGGGCGCGCGCGAGCUCAACGUACCCUUUGUCACAUCCGGUGGUGUCGGAAAUGGACGUCAACUGGCUGCUUCGCUGGCUUUGGGUGCAUCUGGAGUUAAUAUGGGCACACGAUUCAUGGCUACCGUCGAGGCGCCAAUCCACGAUAGCAUCAAGCAGGCGUUGGUCAAUGGAUCGAACAACGACACCACACUGGUGAUGCGAAGCCUCCGCAACACCGAGCGAGUAUUCAAGAACAAAACUGUGACAGAGGUACAGAAGAUCGAGGCAGAGCACCCGGGCAAGAUUGAGAAGAUUAUUCAUCUGGUGAAGGGUGACAACUACCGCAAGAGUUUCCAAGAGACUGGAGAUACAGAGUCGUCUGUGUGGUCGUGUGGACCCGUAAUGGCGUUGAUUGAUGACGUGCCCACCUGUGACAAGCUGAUCAAUGAUAUGGUGUCUGAUGCCGAGAAAAUCAUUCGCGAUUUACAGUCUGUGGUGGUUGAGCAAUAGAUAGAUAUAGAUGGUGUAAGAAAUGGUACCACUCAGUAUGACGGAGAUGUAAAUAAAUAAGUAAGAGUGAAAUCCGUG